CAAGUGUUGUGUAAUUUAAAGUAUGCUAUGCGUAUCGAGAUAGAGGCGUAAUCUCGAAAGAUAAAAUCACCAGAGUUUAGUGGUCGCAGGCUGAUAACGGAACUAUAGUUUACCUCGAACAUGUUAUAGAGUAUGUGUACUCGUAAAGUGUCCCGUGUUCACCAAGAGCUCUCCGCAAUAAUACAAAAUGUUGCCGAAGCCAAGAAAAUAACGGACAUUGAGUAUAAUGUUAUAUUCGGAUUUGAAGAUGUCGAUUCCUUUGCAUCUGGAUUUUAUAAAGUACAAAUCAGAGGAAAACUAAAUGGUUUUAAAGUUAAUCAGAGAAUAAUAAUAAAAUGGCAUCAUAGUGUUACAGAUCGAGCAUGUUUCAGAGAGGCCUACAAGAGGGAAUACAUAUUUUGCAAUAAAGUUACACCAGUUUUUUUGAAUAUUCAACGGACUCUUAUUUCCAAUGAGGGCUUAAAAUACAAAUUUCCCAACUGUAUACUGUCAUCAGUAGAGUAUAACAAAGAAGUGAUUGUGUUGCACAACAUCGAAGGGUAUAAACUUUUUGAUAGAUUCCAAACUAUUGAUUUUGAUCAUGUUUUGUUGGUCAUAAAAAAUUUAGCAAAAUUACACGCAUUUUCGUUCAUUACAUCUGAACUACGUCCAGAUAAAUUUGAGGAGUUUAAACAGCAAUUAAACAAAGACGUCCAAUAUUCAGAGAUACGGAAUAUACCGAAAUCGUUGAUUUAUUACUUUAAUGCGUCUCUCUCUGUUAUAUCGAAUGAAAAAUACAAGGAUAAAUUGAGGAAUAUUUCUCGGCGUAUUGCUUUCAUUCUUAAUAAAUACUCGGCUCCGGCCACAAAAUACAACGUGAUUUGCCAUGCGGAUUGUUGGCACAAUAACAUAUUUUUUAAAUAUCAGGGAAACAGACCAGUCGAUGCCAUCUUUGUCGACUACCAAUUAGUUCGCUUUGCAUCACCGGUUACAGAUAUCUCGUACUUUAUCUACAUGUGCACAGACUUCCAUUUUCUCUCAAACUACUACGACCAGCUCUUAGACAUUUAUCACGGGACCUGUUCAGCUGUAUUACGAGAAUGUAACAUCGACAUUGAAGAUGUCUAUCCUAGAGCAGUAUUUGAAGAACAAUUGAAGGAGCACUCUCAAUUUGGUUUAGUCGAAGCCUUGAUCUCUAUGAAAAUUAUAACAGCGGAAUCUGAGGAAGCGCAGAAAAUGACAGAAAUAAAACGUCAGGUCACUAAUGACGCCCAAAUAGAGGAAUACGAGAUACAAAACCAAGAUAUUUUUAUAAAUAGAGUGAAUGGAAUUGUGAAUUUCUUCUUUGAAAGAAAUUAUUCAUUGAAUGAUACCUAGUAUCCAUAAAUAAUUAUAAACUAAUUACUAAAAUUAGAAUUAUUAAAAUAUUUUACAUAAGAUGUUAUUUUUAAUAUCACUUACAAUAUUGCCUUGUUGUUGUCUAUGAAAACGAACAAUCAAAGAAUUUCUGGGACGGAAUAAAUUACUCAGUUAUUAAUUGUCGCCAUAAAGAUUUUCUCUUCGGGCAUAAUUGUCUUCGCGGAAAAUUGUAAUAUGGGUAUAGGUAGACAUUAUUUAAGAUUCUUUGUCGCUUUAGAAUUUCCAAGCUGUUACUCACUGGAAUUCUCUGAAAUUGUUUGGCUGGUAAUUGUAUUUUAUGUUUCCUAACUAAGAUAUUUUCUUGAAGAUUCUUAGAUGAGAAAUAUCGUAUAUUUUAAAAUGUUUUCUUAUUUAUUAUGUAUAUGAGCAUGAAAUUGUACUUAAGUUCUUGUACGAGUAACAAACACUUCAGCAUGGAAAAGCUGGCUUGGUCGGUAACUGAAAUAUACACAAAACCGAAGCUCUUCUAUAAACUAAAGCCUACCAAAGUACAUAUGUAUGACGGAACAUAAUUGCUUAUACCGUGCACUUGCCUUCUCAAGCCAUUAAUAGUGAAUUUUCCCGCACCCGUGUCAAUAAGGGCAUGCUACCGGCUAUGUACUAAAUAAACCAGGUACACAAACAAUACAAUGGUUCCGCCGAGAACAUUCGAUGUUAUUGAACAUCUUUAUUGUUGUCUUAGUUUCUUUUAACUUGAAACUGAAUGAUAUUGUUAUUGUAUUGUAUAGUUUUGCAGAAUAUUAAAUCAACCACACCUAAGUAGGUUUCCUAUUAUAUCAAGAAAGAAAUAUUCUUUAUUUCGUAAUCCUACAGCUUGCAUAAAUUAAUGUAACAAAAAACAAUAACUAACCUUAAAAUAAAAUGAUUAAAAUGUAUUAUGAAAAGCAGUCCCUUUAGGCAAGGUUCCGAAGAUACUGGCAGCAUCCCCCUAUGAAUAGCUGGACAAAUUUUUUGGACGACUUACCAUAACUAUUGAAUGAUGAAACUAUUUUUUUUUCUAACAAGAUAAAAGUCUUUAAAGGAUACGUAAGUUUUUACAAAUAAAAUCCCAACAAGGUGUCAGGUUCAUUGUAGUUUUAAAGUCACUUAACGGUCGAUGAAGGUUUCGUUACUUGAGCCAUGAAAUUAAAUGCGCACGAAACCCUUUAGCAGGGGAUAAACACGUAAUUUUAUUGUUCUUCUAAACCUGUGUCACGAUUUAACUAUUAGGCCAAUCGUAUAUUUGGCAAAAUAUUUUGAAUUAUUCAUUUAAUUGGCCCAACCAUACACAAUUAUUUUUUCACAGAUAAUUUUAACAUAACUAAAACUUCGAUUCAUAUAUUUUAUUCAGCUUCGCCUUUAACAAAUAAGAUCUAAACAAUAAGUGAACAAAGUUAGUCAGACACUGAACACCGCAAUACAUUUAAUGAUUAUAUAAACAAGACAUACUAUUUCUCUACUACUUAUGUUUUUUGGGAAGUUACAGCAGUAUUUUUUUAA